UUCGUUUCCACGACAACAGUAAACGGUGAACGAUAAACAUGGCAGCUGUUAGAAAGCUUCAACGGGAUUCAAAAUUCACCUUUAAUCUGCUUUCGAAUAAAACCUUUUCCUUUCUUAAAGAUUGGAACACGUCUCAACUUUUUAUGAAAUGGUCCAUGUUGGGGAGAAUUACAGCACAAGCAUUUAAUUUUGAUCAGUUUUUCCAGCUUUACCAAAAGGAUGAUUUUGUAAGAGAUUUCUUCAGUGACCCAUGUGUUGUUUCCAAUUUGAAAGUUGCAGAUACGCCCGGACAAUGGAGGACCUUAGACACAAAAGUAACAAAAGUUAAGGCAGAACUGAUUCCAUGCACCAGAGUUUCAAUGGCAUUAUUUGACCCUCUGUAUUCGGAUGGAAUCUUAAGAACAACGGGCCACAUUCGAAAGUGCUUUGAUGAAUUCUAUGGAGAUUUUGAUGAACUGAGAAAGAUGCUGAUAUUGGAGGACUCUGAACAUUAUGAAAUAAUCAGCCAAGUGGAUCGUGAGGAGUUUCUUUUUCGGCUGUUUAAACACUUCUGCCUGGGCGGAUCUCUCUGCCAGUAUGAAGAUGUUAUUGAUCCUUAUAUAGAGACUACCAAAUCUGUUUAUAAGGAUAUGGUUAGUGUUCAAAAGGAUCCGGAAACAAAGGAAAUUAAUGUCAUCUCAAUUGUGUUUAAAGUCUCUGCCUAUAACGACUCUGGGAUGUGUUAUCCUGCUACCAAGGAUCACGAACAGACCUUUGCCUACUUGGCUGUAGACCCCCUGAAGCGACAUGUUUAUGUCCUAUACAAUUGCUUUGGAGUUGGAUUAAUGUCAGCAACAGACACUGACAAACCACACACUUAACUCAUAUAUUAGUGCAGUAAACUUUACAGUCUUCAUGUGUUCAGAAUAUUUAAGUUCAGUGCCUAAACACUAAUAGUUACAAACAAAUACAACUUUAUUUAAUUACUGGGACAACUUUCCAUUCCACAAGUGAACAAUACUCUGGAUAUCAUUUGUUUGAAACGAUAUCAAUUUAGUUGUUAACACACAUGACCAUACAAGUGAAGCUGUGUAAUUGCCUGAAAACAUACAAGAAAUAUUAUGUAAUAAGUUCUAUCCAAGGUAUGGCAUUUUUAUUUUUUGUCUUGUCUUUCUGGAUGCAGUCUAAAUUAGCUGUUCUUGCUAUUUUGCUUUAUUAAAAAGAUUUUUUUUUUUUUUACUGUGUCCUAAAAUAUUACAUAUAGAGUCUCUUAAAUGUAUUCAAUAACAUUUAACUUCUGGAGUCAUCUUUGUCAACCUGUAUAUACACACCCUAGCACACAUAAGAACACUCUAACUUGGUUAGGACAGCCUUUAUCAAGUUAUUUAAAGAGAGCAUCAGAAUCUGGAGAUGUGUUGAGGCACCUGCUGUUAUGUGCAAUGUAUGUAUGUUUAUCUGUCAUCUAGUCUACAGGAUAACCUUGUCAAGGUUUGUCUUUUCUCGAAAUGUGUUAAAGGUGCAGAUAGCAGUAACUGGAUCAUAGGCUGUACCCUAAACAAAAAGAACAAGGCAUAUCUCUUAUUGAUAGUAAAGGUUACAAACGCUGCUUAUUUAAUAAUGUUACAUGUGAAACGAAGAAGAACUUUGUGAAGUAAGACAUUCUAAGUGUUAUUUGUUUUGUAUUUUUCAUGUUUAAUUAAAUUAUUACAUUUUUAAAAUAUUAUUGUCUAAUUCCCAGUUUUCAAAUGUGAGUUUUACUUUUUGGAAUAAAAAAUGGAUGAAUGUUAAAUAGUGUGCCUCUGGUGUGCUUCAUAAAAAUAUUUUCAAAAAUGGACCCAAUAAAUAAUGUUGUGGUUCUAGUUAUUAAAUACUUAUAUACUUUUAUAUCAUUAUUAUAAAAAUGUGUGUUCAGUUUAACUUUAGGAAAGUCCUCCAGACUGGUUUGAGCCUAGCCUUCAUUUGUCAACUAUGAACUGAAAUGUUUGU